CGUUUCAGCGGUCAUCCACGCGAGUCGUUGUCAGUGUGGAGGUGGUACAGACAAGCCGACCUUAACGCUCAUCCGUCAAGAUGGCGCGCUAUGGUGGACUGCGAGGUGCGAAGCUCUCAGCGGCUAUCGGUGUCGCCGCGGGCACUUGUUUCUUUCUCUUCGGCUACGACCAAGGCGAUCUCGCCGGGCUCCUGACAGUCCCGCGUUUCCGCGCGCAGUUCCCACAGCUCGACACCAUUGGCAACCCAGGCAGCCUCCACGUCGCCACCAUCCAAGGCAUCACCGUCGCAGCAUGGAACAUCGGAUGUUUCCUCUCCUGCAUGCUCACCACCUUCUGGGGCGACCUCAUCGGCCGCAAGAAGUGCAUCUUCGUCGGCCUCGUCUUCCUAAUGAUCGGUGAGAUCAUCCAGGCUUCGUCCUUCUCCUUUGGCCAGUUCAUCGCCGGCAGAGUCAUCGCUGGUUUCGGUAAUGGUUUCAAUACCGCCACCGUGCCGGCAUGGCAGGCCGAGUGCACCAAGGCGCACCGUCGUGGAACCAUGCUCAUGAUCUCCGCCGGCGCCUGUAUCGCCGCCGGCUUGUCCUUCAGCUACUGGAUCGACUUCGCCUUCUCUUGGAUCUCUUGGUCUUCGGCAUCAUGGCGCGUCCCGAUCGCACUGCAGCUGUUCUUCGGUCUCGCCGUCCUGGGCCUGAUGUUCUUCAUGCCCGAGUCGCCGCGCUGGCUUAUCCUUACCGGCCGCGAGGACGAGGCGCUCAACGUCCUCUCUGCCCUCAACGACGUCGACCGCAACGAACACCAAGUGCGGCAGGAGUUCCUGCAGAUCAAGGACGCCGUGAUCGAGAUGGCCAAGGGCGGCACCCGUGACGUCUUCAGCAUGGGCGAUUACCGACACCUGCACCGUGUCAUCCUCGCCUUUGUCCUGCAGAUCUUCCAGCAGAUGUCCGGUAUCAACCUCGUCACGCAGUACUUCGCCCUCAUGUUCAUCCAGCAAUUCGCCUACCGUCGCUGGGUCGCCAGCCUCAUCGCCGCCUGCGCCGGAACGGAGUUCUUCCUCGCUUCCUUCGUGGCGGUAGUGGGCAUCGACCGCUUCUGGGGGCGGCGAAGCUUGAUGAUGUUCGGCGCGAGCGGCAUGUGCUUGUCGAUGACACUGAUCUGCAUCAUGCAGUACAUUCACAUUCAAGCGAGCUUGAUCGCAGGCACUGUGUUCGUGUUCGCCUUCGUCACGUUCUUCGCGAUCGGCUGGCAGGGCAUGGCAUGGCUGUACCAGGUCGAGGUCAUUCCGUUGCGCAUCCGUGGGCCGGCGAACGCGCUUUCAACGGCUGCCAACUGGCUCAUCAACUUCGUCGUGGUGCUUAUUGCACCGGUGGCCUUCCACACCAUCGGCUACAGGACCUACAUCAUCUUCGCCGUCACCAACUUCGUCGCCGUGCCCCUAGUAUACUUCUUCUACCCCGAAACCGGCUACCGCAGCCUAGAAGAAGUCGACGUCAUCUUCCACGCCGCCUCCCUCGGUCCCAACCCCUGGCUCAACGUCGUCAAAAUCGCCGCCAACGAACCACUCUGGUACGGCAAGGACGGCGAAGAGCCCUUCCUGUACGAGGAGAGCGACUGGCAUAAACGACACGUCCGUUUCUCGGACGAGGUCAAGGAUAGCGAGGGCAGCAGCUCGGGCUUGAACGACAGUGGUGGGAGCGAUGGAAGCAGUCCGACGAAUUUCGUGGAGAAGGAGAAGAGCGGGAGUGAUGAGGAUGAGGCGCCGCGGGAGUAUGGAGACGAGGCUGCGCCGAGUCCGGCGGUGUUUAGGACGAGUGCGGACAGGGAUGCUGCGAGAAGUAUCCGAAGUGCUGGCAGGGGAUACUAAAUGUGUAUAACGUGGUUUUGGGAGUUCUUUGGGUUUGUUGGGAUAUACACCACAGGAAACGAGGGUAUGGUCGAGGCUGGGAGGCGUAUACAGCAGUUGAGAGUAUUCCCAG